CAUGAAUAUGGUCAAGAAAACACAUUAUAACAUUAUACCUUUGAAUUCGGUUUGCAAGGGAAAGUCAAUUGCAGCAGAUAUAAUAGUGGAACGUGGUCACCUGAUUUGGCAUGGAUGAUGUUGAUCGAAGAGGUGAUCUAAGAUGCCCGCAUUCCGUUCCAAAUGUAUUACACGCAAAUUUGCCCUCCCCAAAUUCUUAUAAUAGGGCCUCCAAGUGGUGCAGUGGUCUUGCAUAGUCCCAUCGACAUCCUUCUGUCAGAAUGGUGUCUCUCAGGCUAUCGUCGCUGCUGUUGCUCCUGCCCUAUGUCUUGGCCUUGUCGUCCGAGUCCAGUUCCACACUUGCCUCGAGUCCCACAGCGACCUCAUCUGCCAGCACUAGCAGUUCUGUAGCCAGCAGCGCCAGUUCAAGUUCGAGCUCGGUUUCCUCAGCCACUUCCAGUUCUUCUGUAGCGACGACCUCGACCUCCGCAACUUCCUAUUUGGCCACCGAGACCGGCCCUCUGACCCUUCCCAUCUCCGAAUAUACCUUCAGCCCGUACCCGACGCCGACUCUUGCUCCGGAUCCCCCGGUCUUCCCGGUCACUGACCCAUUGUAUCCUCCUCCAGUCAGUCCAGACCCACAAAUCGUUCCCGACUUUGCACCAUCAUGGGCUACAGCAUAUGCAAAGGCGAAGGCUAUGAUUGCCGACUUCAGCGUAGAACAGAAAGUAAAUAUCUCGACAGGAGUUGGUUGGGAAGGUGGUUUAUGUGUCGGUAACACACCUGCAGUAGGCGACUUCCCGGGUCUUUGUCUCCAGGACUCACCGCUUGGUGUCCGUGAUACAGACCUCGUCACCUCAUUCCCACCUGGAAUCACCACUGCUUCAACAUGGAACCGUGCUUUAAUGCGCUUACGAGGCUUGUCUAUGGGACAGGAACACAAGGGCAAGGGUGUCAAUGUUGCCCUUGGUCCUAUGAUGAAUAUGGGUCGCAUUGCACAAGGUGGCCGUAACUGGGAAGGGUUUGGUGCAGACCCGUUCUUAUCCGGCGAAGUGGCGUACGAAACCAUCUUGGGUAUGCAAGCCGGAGGCGUUCAGGCUACAGCAAAGCACUACAUCAACAACGAACAAGAAUGGAAGCGUACUCAAGAGUCAUCAAACGUUGACGACCGAACUGAGCACGAGAUUUACUCCCAUCCAUUCAUGCGUGCCGUCAUGGCUGGUGUUUCAUCUGUCAUGUGCAGUUAUAACUUGAUCAACGACACCUACGCCUGCAACAACAACAAAACCAUUAAUGACAUGUUAAAGCGCGAAUUUGGUUUUCAAGGAUAUGUUCAGUCGGACUGGUCUGCAACUAUGGCAACUCUGUCUGCCGUCGCAGGAUUGGAUAUGACUAUGCCCGGUGAUAUCGAAUUUGGUUCUGGGACUUCUUACUUUGGUGGAAACCUCACUGCAUUCGUCAUGAAUGACACCAUCUCAAUGUCCCGUCUCGACGACAUGGCCACGCGCGUUGUUGCUGCAUGGUACUAUAUGCACCAAGAUGAAAAUUACCCUCCUGUCACUCUUAAUGCAUUCAACGCAUACGAUCCAAUUAAUCAGGAAGUGAACGUGCAGAGCGACCACUACCAGGUCGUUCGAGAAAUCGGGGCUGCAGGAACGGUUCUGUUGAAGAACGUAAAUGGGGCUUUGCCUCUGGACAAGCCUAAAAGUCUUAUUAUGGUCGGAAGUGACGCGGCCCCACCGACCACUGGACCGAACGAGUAUGUUGAUCAAGGUGGUGAUCCUUCCGGUAUCCUUGCUAUGGGCUGGGGUUCUGGAUCCGACAACUUUACCUACCUUAUAUCUCCCUAUGAAGCGAUCCAACAGCGCGCCAGAUUAGAUCAAACUAGCGUCUUCUGGGACUUCGACGACUGGAACCUUGACCAAGCCGGAAACCUGGUCAUUGAUAUGGAAGUGGCGAUUGUCUUCGUCAAUUCUGAUUCGGGUGAAGGUUACAUCACAGUUGAUGGUAAUGCUGGUGACAGGAAGAAUUUGACGGCGUGGCAUCAAGGAGACCAACUGAUCCUGGCUGUUGCCGCUCAGAACAAUAACACUAUAGUUGUGACCAACAGCGUUGGUCCCCUUAUUCUGGAGCCUUGGGUGGAGCACCCUAAUUUCACUGCUAUUGUUUGGGCUAAUCUCGGUGGUAACGAAGCGGGUAAUGCCGUUAUGGACAUCUUGUAUGGCAACUGGAAUCCAUCUGGAAAACUUCCUUAUACCAUUGCAAAGCGUCCCGAGGACUACCCCGCUCAGCUUGUGACUGGCGGUACUGCGGCGGAUAUUUUGUCUAUCAAUUACACUGAAGGCCUGUUCAUUGAUUAUCGAUGGUUUGACGCUCAAAAUAUCACUCCUCGCUACGAGUUUGGCUUCGGUCUCAGUUACACUACGUUCGAGUACUCUGACUUGGCUAUAACCGCUGUCAACCCUCCAGACUAUGCACAGAUGGAUUUAAUCCAGAACUGGGAGAACGGAGGAGCUACUCCCAUUGCAGAAGGCUCUACUACUGCUCUCUGGCUCCAUAUACCUGCCUACAGAGUUACUUUCAACGUGCAGAACACUGGAUCUGUAUAUGGGGGAGAGAUUCCUCAAUUGUACAUGCACUUCCCUGCAUCAUCCGGAGAGCCUCCAAACGUGCUCAAGGGUUUCACGAACGUCGAGGUUUCCCCAGGUCAAACUACCCCUGUGUCAAUCACAUUCUCUCGUCACGAUCUGUCAGUUUGGGAUGUUGUAGCACAAGGAUGGCGUAAGCCGGAGGGAACCAUAACCUUCUCCGUUGGCGCGAGUAGCAGGGAUUUCAGGCUCAACGGGACUAUUCCCGCUUGAUAGCCCCUUUCCUCGUUCUAUCACGUUCUUCGGAAUAUGAAGGACGCAAUAGACUACAGUGCUUUGCUACGAUAAAAGAUAGACGCAGGACUUUGGACCAUUUACGAUCACGUAGCUUCAGGAAAAAUGAAGGAGUGUUCCACGGUUU